UCUCUCACACCUUUCCCUGUGUCGCCACAGGCUUCAGCACCUCACCACGGCACAGAAUGAUGGAGUACGAGGACUUCACCAGCUUGGCUGGGUACUGGAACCCCUCUGACAGUUACCAGUUCAGUCCUGCUAGUGUCAUUGUCCCUGUGGUUUUCUCCCUCAUCUUCCUCCUGGGCACAGUGGGCAAUAGCCUGGUGCUGGCAGUGCUGCUGCGCAAUAGACAAAUGGGCCACAAUACCACCAACCUCUUCAUCCUCAACCUCAGCCUGGCUGACUUCUUCUUCAUUGUCUUCUGCGUGCCCUUCCAGGCCACCAUCUACUGCCUUGAAGGCUGGGUCUUUGGCUCCUUCAUCUGCAAGGCUGUCCACUUUUUCAUCUACCUCACCAUGUAUGCCAGCAGCUUCACACUGGCUGCCGUCUCUGUGGACAGGUACCUGGCCAUUUGCUACCCGCUGCGCUCCCGGGAGCUGCGGACCCCCUGCAAUGCCAUGGCUGCUAUGGCUGUGAUCUGGGGCCUCUCCGUGGUCUUUGCAGGCCCCUACCUAAGCUACUACAACCUGAUCGAGUGGGAGGCCAGCUACAUCUGCAUGCCUGACUGGGAGGAGUGGAGACGCAAGGUCAUGGACACCAGCACGUUUGCCUUUGGCUAUGUCAUCCCAGUCCUCGUCAUCAGCCUCUCCUACACCAGGACCAUCAAGUACCUGUGGACAGCAGUGGAACCCCUGGAGGACGUGUCAGAGUCCAAGAAGGCUAAACGGAAAGUCACCAAGAUGAUCAUCAUUGUAACCAUCCUUUUCUGCCUGUGCUGGCUGCCCUACCACGUAGUCAUCCUCCGAUACCUCUAUGGAGACUUCCCCUUCAACCAGGCCACCUAUGCCUUCCGCCUGCUUUCCCACUGCAUGGCCUAUGCCAACUCCUGCCUCAACCCCAUCGUCUACGCCCUGGUCUCCAAGCACUUCCGUAAGGGCUUCAAAAAAGUCUUCAGCUGCCUGCUGAGGAAGAAGCACCGCAACAAAGUGCAUGUGCUGCACGCUGCUCAUGCUGUGCCGCGCUUCGAGGCAGCAUCGACGGAAGUGUCCCAGAUGCACGGCGACAAUAACCGGUGUGAGCUGAACCCAGACUCCUCAGCAGCCCCCUCCCGUCCCUCCAAGCACCUUCAAGUUUGUUAGUGGCCAAGCUCUGCACCACCUGCCCCCCAGCCGUGUUGCCAGCCUCAGGCCACCCUCUCCCACCCGAUGAAUGAGGAUGCUGGGAAAGGCAAGACAGAAACCCUGAUGUCUCCUGCUUCUGGCUUUGCCAUUCCUUUUCUUUCUGUGUGUCAACUGUUCUCCUAAGCAACGUACUACAAGCAAUGGACCCAGAUUUGCACCAGAUCCUCAGCCCACCUGAAGUUCAAGGACUAAAUCUCCAGCUCCUCUGUUGGCUCUCAUCCUUCCAAGUUGUCUACUCAGUGCUGCCACUACUCUGGACACAUCGGCUUGUUGUCACAGUCUCUUCUGCCUCCCACUGUCCCAUCUGGCCAGUGGUCCCCAUGGAGUGUCAGGGGAGGCAGGCAGUGUGAGCAGGGCCAGGUGAGCAAAGGUAGUAGGGAAAGCAACUGCCACAGCCCGUGGAUGGUUGCAAUGAUGGCUUUUGCACUGGAUGUUCUGCUCUCCCAGUGACCAGGUCCUUCCCUGGGGCACGGGGUGGACCACAGGCUCUCUGUGUGGGGGAUGUUGCUGCUGUACAUAUUAGGGAGACAUCUUUCUAACCCAAAGCAAAUAAAUGCACUUCCUUAAUCCAGGCAAUAGCAGGAGCUGUGGUAGUCAUCUGGGGUGGGGAUGGGCUACCCAUACCUCAGUGGGGCCUUUCUCCUAACUGGUGUAAAUCAGUGUACCGCAAACAUCAUCACUGAGUGAUGUCUGCACCCCAAACCCUACCUGGCAUAGAUUCAUAGACCAGCUUGGGUUGGAAGGGACCUUAAAGACAAUCCAGUUCCAACCCCCCUGCCGUGGGCAGGGAUGCCACCCACUAAAUCAGGUUGCCCAGGGCCACUUCCAACCUCGUUUUGAACUCUUCCACUGAUGGGGCAUCCACAACUUCUCUGGGCAGCCUGUGCCAGUGCCUCACCACUCUCAUAGUGAGGAAUUUCUU